CACGUUAUGAGCAGGCAAUUCCAUGUGCCCACAUGGUUCAGAGAAAUAACAAGAAACACCAAAACACACCAAUAACCAACUCCUCAAACCUCACAUAUCUCUCUCUCUCUCUUUCUCUCUCUUUCAUUCGCUGCUUGUGAUUGUGUUUCAAGAAGAAGAAGAUGAAAGAGGGUAGUGAGGGGUUCGUGAGAGCCGAUCAGAUUGAUCUGAAGAGCAUAGAUGAGCAGCUCGAGAGGCAUCUCAACAAGGUCAUCACCAUGGACAAGAAGAAGAACCUCGACGACGACCUUCACCACCAUCACAACCUUCUUCCUCAGCUUCACACAACCACAAGCGCUUCUUCUUCUCCCAAAUUCAAGAGUCCCGUUAGUAGUCCUUUCAAGAAGCAGAGGCAGGAUUGGGAAAUUGACCCUUCCAAGCUCAUCAUUAAGUCCGUUAUAGCGCGUGGCACUUUCGGCACUGUUCACCGUGCUCUCUAUGAUUCUCAAGAUGUUGCUGUCAAAUUGCUGGAUUGGGGCGAAGAAGGGCAAAGGACGGAAGCCGAAGUUAAUUCUUUGAGGUCAGCCUUUAUACAGGAAGUUGCUGUAUGGCACAAACUUGACCAUCCCAAUGUCACAAAGUUUAUAGGUGCAACUAUGGGGUCUUCAGAACUACAGAUACAAACCGAGAAUGGUGUAAUUAGCAUGCCGAGCAAUAUCUGUUGUGUUGUUGUUGAGUAUCUUCCAGGAGGAACACUUAAAUCUUACUUAAUAAAGAACAGGAGGAGGAAACUAGCCUUUAAGGUUGUCAUCCAGCUGGCACUUGAUCUUGCAAGAGGGCUGAGUUACCUUCACUCGCAGAAGAUUGUCCAUAGAGAUGUAAAGACAGAAAACAUGCUAUUGGAUAAGACACGUACAGUUAAAAUUGCCGAUUUUGGGGUUGCACGAGUGGAGGCAUCAAAUCCUAAUGAUAUGACUGGGGAGACUGGCACUCUUGGUUACAUGGCUCCAGAGGUUUUAAAUGGCAACCCCUAUAACAGGAAGUGUGAUGUGUACAGUUUUGGAAUCUGCUUGUGGGAGAUUUAUUGUUGUGACAUGCCAUAUCCUGACCUAAGUUUCUCAGAAAUUACUUCAGCCGUGGUUCGCCAGAAUCUGAGACCAGAAAUACCAAGAUGUUGCCCAAGCUCUCUAGCAAAUGUGAUGAAGAAAUGCUGGGAUGCGAGUCCCGAUAAGCGGCCAGAGAUGGACGAGGUGGUCUCGAUGUUGGAGGCCAUUGACACAUCCAAAGGCGGAGGCAUGAUUCCCGUUGAUCAGCAACAGGGUUGUCUUUGCUUCCGCAAGUACAGAGGUCCUUGAAAGUUUUAUUCUUUAGUCCAAGAAAACAAUUGGGGUAUAGUGAUUUUUUCACUAUUUGAAGAAUGAUUUUGUAUCUAUGGAGAAAACAGAAAUUGGAAACCGAAAUGAGAGGAAUAUAUAUAUAGGUAGGAGUUGGUGACAUGUCAAUGAUUUUCUUUUCAUAUUUUUUUACCGAUUCUUGCCCAUUUGAUUUGGGUUCUGUGGGUAUGUAUGCUAUUAGUUUUCAGCCUGGCCUUGUAACAUCCUAGCAGGAUAUACUGCUGCAAAUUUGCAAUCAUAAUUGAUGUGAUUAUAUUGGAUCCA